AUGCCGUCCACGGCGAGCGUGCGCCGCGCGCAAAAAAACGAACGCGAGACGACGAAAGCGAUCGAGCGGUCCGCGGCGGCGAAAAAAGCGGAAGAAGACGCGCACUGGGCGGCGCACGGGGACGGAAAGAAGAGCAAGGCGGCGCAACGCGCCGAGAUGGACGCGGCGGCGGCGGACGCGAAGGCGGCGGCGCGCGCCGAGGCGAGACGGCAGGCGGCGGAGGAAGAGGCGGCGUUCUCGGGGGCGAAGAAGGCGCCGGCGAAGAAGGUGACGGCGUAUGAUUUGGCGCAAGGGAAAGAGAUGGACGCCAAGGCGAGGCUCAAGGCGAAGUUUGCGGCGAAAAAGGCUGAACAAAAAAUACAAGAGUCUGACGAAUACGACGACGCGGUUUUGCGAGCUAACGAAAAUAGAAGUAUCGACGUGGUCUCGGCGAGCGGCGUCGACGCCGCGCUGGAUGCGCUGACGGUCGAAGAGCGAUCGGCGUCGCCCGCGCCGUUGAGCGGUAAAGCUGCGUACGCUGCGUUUGAGGCGGAAAAACUCCCCGAACUCAAGGCUGAAAAGCCGGGCCUGCGUAAGCAGCAAUACGCCGACUUGAUGAGUAAACUCUGGGCCCGCUCGCCGCAGAAUCCUCAAAAUCAAAAGUAG